AUGACGGUGAAGAAGAGACCCUCGGACCUGACGAGCCUGGAGCGGUUCAACCUUUACUACCGAGAGAAGGAACCGCCUCUCACCACGAGGCAGCGGAUGAAGAGGUUCGUGUGGAACCAGAAGACGAGGCAGUUCUGUGGCAGGACUGCAUCCAGCUGGUACAAAAUUUGCCUCUUCUACUUCACGUUCUACGCUGCCCUUGCUAUUCUGGUGGCCAUCUGCAUGUGGACGUUCCUGCAGAUGUUAGACGCUCGCCAGCCCAGGUGGCAGCUGGACGGGUCCAUCAUCGGCACCAACCCUGGCCUGGGCUUCAGACCCAUGCCGCCUGAAGUCGCUAGCAGUGUCAUCUGGUACAGGGGCAAUGACCCCGGCAGCUAUCAGUUCUGGGUCCAGGAGUUACAACAGUUUUUGAAAACAUACAAGCGAGACGGCCACAGAUCCGGCGCUGGUCAGAACAUCCACAACUGUGACUUCAAGCUGCCCCCACCAGCUGGGAAGGUCUGUGACGUGGAUGUGAACUCAUGGGGUCCCUGCGUGGACGAGAACGGGUUCGCCUACCACAAGUCCACGCCGUGCGUGUUCCUCAAGCUCAACAAGAUCUACGGAUGGAAACCUGAGUUCUACAACAGUUCCGACACCCUCCCGCAGAGCAUGCCUGACGAUCUGAAGGAACACAUACGAAACAUGACCGCUUAUGACAAGAAUUAUCUGAACAUGGUGUGGGUGUCCUGCCAGGGUGAAAACCCAGCAGAUAGAGAAAACAUCGGUCCCAUCCAAUACCUACCAUACCGCGGCUUCCCGGGAUACUACUUCCCCUACACCAACCAAGACGGAUAUCUCAGCCCGCUGGUGGCUGUGCAUCUGCAGAGACCGAAAACUGGCAUGUUGAUCAACAUCGAGUGUCGCGCGUGGGCUCACAACAUCAAGUACGACAGACACGAGGGUAUGGGUUCCGUACACAUCGAGAUCAUGGUGGAGUGA